AUGUCCCAAAUACUACACAGCUGUCCAACUACCACCACAGCUGCUUUCCCAAAAGGCCCCCACAGUGCUUUCCCAAAGCUGCACCAACAACUACCACAGCUGCUCCAACAACCACCACAGCUGCUCCAACAACCACAACUCCAACAACCACAACAGCUGCUCCCACAACUACCACAGCUGCUCCAACAACCACAACAGCUGCACCAACAACUACCACAGCUGCUCCAACAACCACAACAGCUGCUCCAACAACUACCACAGCUGCUCCAACAACCACCACAGCUGCUCCAACAACUACCACAGCUG